AGACAAGCCUGAGUGUUGCUCCUCCAGAGGUUGUGACCACCAAGGUGCAAGUCCCCAGUUCCCUGGCUGUUUUCAUUACUUGAACUCCAAAAGUAUUCCUUGUGACAUGAAAAUGCUCUGCACUGCAGAUGUUUUGAGAGGACUGGGGAAGAUGCCAGCAUCACUGUAUUCUGUUUGCAUGAGGCUGGGAAAUGCCCUAGGUCCACUGCUGUGUGCUUUAGUUAUUCAUGUUUCAAGCUAUUUUGGUAUACAUGCUUUCUGGGUGACUGGAGCAAGGGUGAUUGUCGCUUGCAGAGACAUAAGGAAGGCAGAAGCUGCAGCCAGUGAAAUCCGAGCUGAGACAGGGAACCAGGAAGUCAUUGUGAAAAAACUGGACUUGGCCGAUACAAAAUCCAUCCGGGAGUUUGCUGAGAAAUUUCUAGCAGAGGAGAAGGAACUCCAUAUUCUCAUCAACAAUGCUGGGGUAAUGUUAUGCCCUUACUCCAAGACUGCUGAUGGCUUUGAGAUGCACCUGGGAGUGAAUCAUCUUGGUCAUUUUCUCUUGACCUUCUUACUGCUGGAGCGUCUGAAGCAGUCUGCCCCAGCCCGCAUAGUGAACGUGUCCUCACUCGCUCAUCAUGGUGGCCGAAUCCGCUUCCAUGAUCUCCAUGGUGAGAAGUGCUACAACCGCGGCCUCGCCUACUGUCACAGCAAACUGGCCAAUGUGCUCUUCACCCGGGAGCUGGCAAGGCGGCUGCAAGGCACUAAAGUCACAGCAAACGCUCUCCAUCCUGGUUCUGUCCAUUCUGAGCUGGUCCGGCAUUCAUUUGUAAUGACGUGGCUGUGGAAUAUAUUCUCAUUCUUCUUGAAGACACCUUGGGAAGGAGCUCAGACCAGUAUCUACUGUGCAGUAGCAGAGGAGCUAGACUCUGUGACAGGACAGUAUUUCAGUGACUGCCAGCCAGCAUACGUAUCUCCAUGGGGUCGGGAUGAUGAAACAGCAAAGAAGCUCUGGAAUGUGAGCUGCCAGCUUCUCGGCAUCCACUGGGACUGAGCAGCGCAGACCUCAAGUGUGCACAUGGCUGAGGCUGAGUCCAGCCAUACUUCUCCUGGGAAGAGCACUGCUGAGAGACCUCAAGACUAGAACUCCAAUACUUCUGCUGCCCUAAUGAUGGUUAUAUGGACACAAUCUAAUGUGAAUUUCUCGAGUAUUACACUUCAGGAUUGAGAUUUAUAAGCAACCAGUUCCCUUCCUAGCUGGAGAAUUAGAGCACUGACACAGGGAGCAACCUUUGCUUGGUAUUUCACACACCAGGCAGAGGCUAUUGUCCUCUGGCUUCAGAACAGAAAUGGAGGUUUGCAGUCUUAGGUUUAGAUUAUCAGGUAGUCUAAAGAAUUACCUUUAUCCCCCCUCCCAAUAUUAGUAAAUUUGUAGGAUUCCCAACUUAUUAUCUAUGAGGUUAUUUUCACUUCCUACUAUUUGACCUGUCAGAGUGAAAGUACUUUAGGCAUUAGAUUUUUGGCAAUUCCAUGCAAUACAGAUGAUCUCAAGCAUACAGAAAUAGGUGCUGGCCUUUUUGCGCCAAGCAUUAUGUGAAGUUUGUAAGUGGGCUCAACUUUUUUUCUCAGUAUUGUCUGCUGGACCCUAGCCACCUAAGUAUCUUGACCCCAACUGCACACUGAUGGCAGUAAGAUAACAGAGGGUUGGCGUAUCUUUUGAGAACCCAGGUCUCAGUGCAGGUGACUGGGAGGUUAAAAGCUGCAGGAGUGCUGCAAUUGUGCAUAGGCAAGUUAUCAUACUAAAAAAGAUUAACACCUCUCCUGUGAAGCACGUGAGAUGUGAGCAAAGAUGGUGUAAAAGUUGUCACAGUAAACCCCCCCAGCUGCACUUUAGAUGACUUUAGAACCUAUAAAGGAGAGCAGAAUGAGUAACAUCUCACCUGUGUUAAAAAUACUGAAACUACUUCAGCUGAGACUUUAGCUUGACAUGCCAGCAAACUAUCUACAGCUGAAUAGUUGAAGCAGAGGUCAAGACUGUCUUGACAGAGGUCAAGUUAGCUACAGGUCAGGAAAGCAAGCCUUGCACAGAAAUACUUACAUUUGUCUACCCAGCCAUUACAGACUGUGGCUGGCCGAGGCUGCCAGUCAGGCCCUGCAGUACUGUGCAGCCUGCACUUCCAAAAGGCAGCUGUCAAUCCAUGCAGUAGUGGGACUGCUCCCUUGAUGCUCCCUAGUGCUACUUCGAUGCUAGACUAUGAUCUAUCAUCAGCUUGUUUCUGAAAGAGUUAAGCAGUUAGAAAACAAGUGCCACAGCUCGUAGGAGUAUCUACUUCUGGAAAAAAAAAAACAACCAACCCAGCUUGGAAGUGUUUGGACUUGCACAUGAGCAUGUCACUGUGACCAACUGCCAAUUAUGGGGAACAAAUGCUCAUUUUAUGAUUAAUUCUUUCUGCCUGGAUGCCAUCUAUGCACAACAGUCCUGUGCUACCUCUGAGCAAUACUAAAUAAAGCCAUUUUCCUUUUACAAUAGAAAACUCUGUCUUCCUUCAGAAAUUUACAUGGUGUUGCUGUUAUCUGCACCUGCCUUACUAAUGUAGAGAACUCUAUUUAGGCAACAUUUUAAAGUCCCUUUGUGUUUCUCCCUGUCACUCUACUUUUUGUCCUCUCUUUUUAGGCUUAAUCUCCAAUAUGAAGCUAAAUCCACAACUAUAGUGUAGCAGUAGAAUGGUACUCAGCAUUGCAGGCUUGGUGUGUCUUCUCUGUGUCUAUGAUCUUCCAAGUGGCUUUCAGGAGCAGUAGAAACCAUUAUAAAAAAAAAAACCAAAAAAAAAAAACAGGCAGAAAGGCUCUAGGCUGAAAUAUUUUGCCCUUGCGGGUCAGUGCUUUUUCUCAAAGAAGUCUGACUGUAGAUUUUAUAUAAGGCACAUAACUACACGUUUCCAGAGACACACCUCCACUCUUUUUGACCUUGGGCAAGUCACUUAUACUUUCUUCUAAGCUGAUCUGUAAAAUGGAGGAACUAAAGCUCAUUUAGCUGUCUCAAAUGGAGGCUUGCAGGGGAGAGUUUGAUUAACUUUCAAAGCUCUCCAAAGAGGAUUACUGGUUUGUGAGAGUACACAUAUGGGGCCGAGCUAGCUACUGGGAGGGCUUCUAAAGAAGAGGUAUUUCAAUUGAUCUAAAUGUUGAGAACACUGAGGCAGAGAGAUUUUGCAUGACAGAACAAUUCUUCCCCUUCAAAUUACUCUGCUAAGCACAGCCAAAACAAAAUACAGAUCUAGAAAAGAAAUCCACAGGUUAUGCUGAGAUAAAAAAGCAAACAGCAGAUAUGUGAACAGUCAUAAUACUUUAUUCUCUUUUUUUAAAUUGUAAACAAACCUUGGUCAUUAAUAGAGAAGUUCUUACUAACUGGCAGUACUCAAUCCCUUUUAGAUGCUCAAAAAUUCAAAGCCCCUUGUUAAUAGCACUAGUUGUGACACAAGGCAGUUAGUCAGGAUCAAAAUUCCAGUUCUGCUGGUAAGAGAAAGAUCUCUAGAUUCCAAGUUAGGAAAAUCAAAUUACAACAAAUGCUAUAUAAAGUGCAUGAGGUACAGUGCAAAAUGGUCAGGAGGAAAGGCAGGUACAGAACUGACUGGUCUGCAUGACAAACCCCACUCUGUGCUCUACAGAGCUGAAGGAACAUUAGCAAAACACUAGGCAUUGCAGCAGUGCUGAUCUGGAUACCACAAACAGUAAAACCUCUGCAUAAUUAGAGAUUUGGAAAUGACUGAAGACAUGGAUAGCGCCAGGCUUUAGGAAUAGCCUAAUGACUGUAAUCUGAAGGAAAGCUAGGUCAGCCUGGUCAAGAAACAAAAGCUUUCAUUAGUACUGCUCACUAAUGAGAUAACGCAAAUCUGUGCUCAGGAGAUUCUGAAUGCUAACUGUGGUCAUUUCCAACUGCUUUGCUCAGAGACACUUCUAGCCCUGCUCUAGUGAGCAGAGCACCUCCAAGAGAGGUGUUUGCCUCAGUGGGGUGCUGCUCAUGAAACGCUAAAGGAGGUGCCGGCCAAGUCCUUUCUGAACCCAUGGAAGUCCGUUCUGUCACUACAGUGAGCUUUGGGAUAGUGCAAAACUUCAUUUGACAGUUAUGUAUUUAUUUGACAGUUUAUGUACUAAAACUAUUAAUAGGUAUAUUACACUUCAGAAAACCUAUUGUUUCUUCUUUUGUUAAAAAGUUUAGUUUACUUACAAAGUGAACUAGUUUUCCUACUUCUUGUGCUGAAGUACAUGUAAACAACAAGCACAAACUCUUGUUCAGUACCUUGCUUUGUUCUGUUUCUUCCAGAAGGUCCUACUACUCUCUACCAUUCUCAAGUCCUAGUCACAGUUGCAGAGAAGCAGCUGCUUUUUUCAGCAUCCUUGAACACAGCCAUUACACAAAGAUUCCUACUUUUUCAUAAAUCUGAGUUAACCUAACACUUCCAGAGCAAAGCCUGUCAAUAUAGUCUAUACAGUAGGUCAAGUUAAUAAAAAUUCAGUCUGGUGUUCAA